GUCACCUCCGCCCUGAUGUCUGCAGAGGCAGCUGCAUCCAUGUGUGACCUGGAGUUCGGUGGCGUCAAGGUGAAGGAGCCCAGCGAGGGGGGCAGGUGGCGUGGGUGCUGGUACGAGCGGUUUGUGCAGCCCUGCCUGGUUGAACUGCUGGGCUCUGCCCUGUUCAUCUUCAUCGGCUGCCUGUCGGUCAUCGAGAACGGGACCGACACUGGGCUGCUGCAGCCGGCACUGGCCCAUGGGCUGGCCCUGGGCUUGGUCAUCGCCACGCUGGGGAGUAUCAGUGGUGGACACUUCAACCCUGCGGUGUCCCUGGCAGCCAUGCUGGUCGGAGGCCUCCACCUGAUGAUGCUGCUUCCCUACUGGAUCUCCCAGCUGUGUGGGGGGCUGAUUGGGGCUGCCUUGGCCAAGGCGGUGAGUUCUGAGGAGAGGUUCUGGAACGCGUCUGGGGCAGCCUUCGUGACAGUCCAGGAGCCCAGGCAGGUGACGGGGGCAGUGGUGGCAGAGAUCAUCCUGACGACACUGCUGGCGCUGGCUGUAUGCAUGGGCACCAUAAACGAGAAGACGCAGGGUCCUCUGGCCCCAUUCUCCGUCGGCUUCUCUGUCACCGUGGACAUCCUAGCAGGGGGAGCUGUGUCUGGAGCCUGCAUGAAUCCUGCCCGUGCCUUUGGACCGGCUGUGGUGGCCAACCAUUGGGACUUCCACUGGAUCUACUGGCUGGGCCCGCUCCUGGCCAGCCUGCUUGUAGGAGUGCUCAUCAGGUUCUUCAUUGGAGAUGGGAAAACCCGCCUAAUACUUAAGGGGCGGUGAAGCUGAGAUGGUGGAAUUCCUGCCGCCCUAGGGGCCCUCAGUGGACUUGUCCUGGACUGCAGACCAGACAGGUCUGCAUUUCCUGCCGGGGCAGAGCUCUGAGAAGUGACUGAUAACGCUUCCUCUGACUUGGGUCUGGCUUUUCAGAUGUGCAGGUUCUUUCGAAUUCCUUUGUGCUCAUCAGAGACCUCAGCCUGGGGAAUGUGUUGCCAGCAAUGCCCAGAGACAGAUAGAAACAAGCACAACAGAAGAGCUUUUCUUGACAGGGAAGGUCCCAGGAGCAGAAGAAUGGGUGGAAGAGGUGGCCGUUUAUGUGUCUCUGCUCACUUCCCUCAUCCCCUUUCUCCUUCUCUUGUUCCCCGAUUCCUCUGUUAUAGAAGGGCCUUCUUUGGUCUGUUUCCUUGCGGCCUGUACUGUCAAUCUAGCUUUGCAAUAAAUAGUCCAGUGUUUCCUUCCGUGUGCCCACUGGCUGGCCUUUCCUUUCAGAAAUGGACACCACUGGGGGGGAAGCAAAAGUCUGGGUUGAGCUUUAGCUGU